AUGAAGGCUCUUAUCCUUGUCGGUGGCUUUGGCACCCGUCUGCGCCCUCUCACCCUUACUCUCCCUAAGCCUUUGGUCGAGUUUGGCAACAAGCCCAUGAUCCUGCAUCAAGUUGAAGCUCUAGCAGCUGCUGGUGUCACAGAUAUCGUACUUGCUGUCAAUUACCGUCCAGAGGUAAUGGAGAAGCACUUGGCAGAAUACGAGGCGAAGUUCAACGUCAAAAUCACUUUCUCUAUCGAGUCGGAACCCCUUGGUACUGCUGGCCCCCUCAAGCUCGCAGAAGCAAUCCUCGGAAAGGACGACGCUCCCUUCUUCGUCCUCAACUCCGACGUUAUCUGCGACUACCCUUUCGCGAAUCUCGCUGCUUUCCAUAAGGCUCAUGGAGAUGAAGGCACGAUUGUAGUCACUAAGGUCGACGAGCCCUCAAAAUACGGUGUUGUCGUCCACAAGCCCAACCACGCCUCGCGGAUUGACCGAUUCGUCGAGAAGCCAGUCGAGUUCGUGGGCAACCGCAUCAACGCUGGUAUCUACAUCUUGAAUCCAAGUGUCCUCAAGCGCAUCGACCUGCGCCCUACAUCCAUCGAGCAAGAGACCUUCCCAGCCAUCUGCAGCGACGGACAACUGCACUCGUUCGACUUGGAGGGCUUCUGGAUGGACGUUGGACAACCUAAGGAUUUCCUCUCAGGGACCUGCCUCUACCUUACUUCUCUCACUAAGAAGGGUUCUAAGCUCCUUGCCCCCUCUUCCCUUCCUUACGUCCACGGCGGUAACGUCCUGAUCGACCCCUCCGCAAAGAUCGGCAAGAACUGCAGGAUCGGCCCCAACGUCACAAUUGGGCCAGAUGCCGUUAUCGGUGAUGGUGUCCGUCUACAACGCUGCGUUAUCCUUGCCGGAUCCAAGAUCAAGGAUCACGCUUGGGUCAAGAGCACCAUUGUCGGCUGGAACUCCACCGUAGGCAAGUGGGCGCGCUUGGAGAACGUCAGUGUCCUCGGAGACGAUGUCACCAUCGGCGAUGAGAUCUACGUUAACGGAGGAAGUAUUCUGCCUCACAAGAGCAUCAAAGUCAACGUUGAUGUGCCCGCAAUCAUCAUGUAA